GCAUAUUGCUUAAAGACAAAGUUCCGAGGACUCAAGCUCGACGGACACUACCCGCUUUCGCUGUACAUGACACCGCCCGAUCCACUCGUGACCGGUCCCCCGGACGUCCCCUCAGGCGAGCACUUCGUCAACAUGCUUGAGCGGCACGAAGCCACGCGCGUCUCUUCCGGCGCCGGCACACUGCCCGGCAUCCAAGACCCUCUCUCGUCCGAACACCAAGCAUCCCCCCCGCCCGACGUCCUCGUCGUGCACUGGGACCUGCGCCACCUACCCUUCGCGUCGCCGCCGGCCCUGCCCCCGCUCGAGUACUCCGCCGCGCUCUGGGCGCACGCGCGCCGGCUGUUGGCGCCGCAUGAGCCGUACGCAGCUGUGCACUGGCGCAUGGAGACCGUCGACCCGGGCGCGCUUCCCGACUGCGCGGACGCGCUCGUCGACACGCUGAGC